AGUGUACCAUGUGUGUAUUAUCACGUUUUUUAGCACUUAAGAUUUAAGAGUAUGAUGAAGAUGGCAUGGUUAUUGCGAUAUUAACACAAUGGACUUAUAUAAAAAAUCUAUUUUAAUCAGAUAUUUUAUGUAAAUAUAAGUCAAAUUCUUAAUCAUUUCUUUAUGCAGAAAGGUUAAGUUCGGUAAUGUCAUAGUAUCUUUGUACUGAUGUUUUGGUUGUUCUAGUAGAUGUAUAAUACUUAUUGAUAGAAAAAAAGAUGAUAUGCAAAGGUAUGAAAUAUAUGUUAUGAGAGUUUCAAAAUACAUGGGAAAAAUGACUUAUUUGCAAUCCGUUAGGUUAUGUACAUAUGUUUAACCAUAGAUUAUCAUUACUCAGAUACUGGUGUUUCGUAACAUAGAUAACAAAAAUUAUCUAUUUAUACGUAGGCUUUUUACUGUUGUCCUACAAACCUAAAGACAUUUUACGUAUUAAUCUUAUUCAAGACGUUUGGAAAGUUAAUUUUCUUGAGAAGAAAAUAUAAGUAUUUAUAAUUAUUAAUAGUGUUGCCAAAAUGCCUGGGAAAAUUGUUGUCCUUGGUUCAUGUAUGAUAGACUUUACUUGCUAUGCACCUCGCUUACCAAAGAAUGGAGAGACAAUAUGUGGUAACAAAUCUAAAAUAAAACUUGGUGGGAAGGGUGCUAAUCAAUGUGUGGCUGCUGCUAAACUCGGUGCAACUACAGCGCUUAUUUCCUCAUUGGGCUGCGACUUUUUUGCAAAAAAUUAUUUGGACGCAUUGAGGGAAUUAAAUGUAGAUAUUUCUUUUAUUAGAGUUCAUGAGAGUGCAGAAAGUGGAAAAGCUCAUAUUACAGUUGCUAAAAAUGGAGAAAAUAGUAUAGUAAUCAUACCAGGAGCUAAUGAAUUGACAAGUGUUGAACAAGUUAAAAAUGCUACCACAUUGAUUGAAAAUGCCGCAGUGUUAUUAUGCCAAUUCGAAUCACCAAUAGACGCAACUUUGCAAGCCUUACGAAUUCAUAAAGGACAUGGAUAUUCUAUUGUGAAUGGUGCACCAGCCAUUAAAUCUGUCAAUCCAGAGAUUUUUUCAUUGUGCGACAUAUUUUGUGUUAACGAGACCGAGGCAGAAGUUUUAACAGGAAUUUAUCCUGUGAUGAUGUCGAAUGUGAAUUUGGCAAUCAGUUUUCUUCUUUCUCAGGGAUGUAAUUUGGUUAUAAUUACUUUAGGAUCGUUAGGUGCCGUUUUUGCAUCCAAAGAUACAGAAGAAAUAGUUCGAGUUGAUACAGUGUCCGUUACCCCGGUUGAUACUACCGGAGCAGGAGACGCAUUUCUGGGUUCUCUAGCCUUCUUUCUAGCAUAUUAUCCUGAACUCCCGAUGAAAGAACGUAUUGAAAGAGCUUGUAAGAUUGCUACAUUAACUGUAUUGAAAGAAGGUACGCACGACAGUUUUCCAAAAAGAGAAGAACUUCCAGAGUCCAUGUUUAAGUAAUAUAUUUUUAAUCUAUAGAAAAAAAAUGAUGUAUAUUUAAAUGCCAUACUUGUGAUAAUAUAAUAAGGAGUUGUAUUUGUUUAGAUUUUUUAUUGAUAAUAAAGUGAAAUUUAUGUAAA